CAUUUCCUGUGCAAGCCCUCCUUCACUUCACAAAAAGCCACAGUUGAGUAAAUCACGAGGAUCUGGGGUUGUUCCUUCUCCCAGGGAGCUCUCAUGGACCAGCAGCAGCAGCAGUUCCACGCCGUGCCAUUGGCACUGCUGGAAUGAGCAUGGGCUUCUCUGCAGGGCUUCUCACCCAUGGAUGGAAAUAAUUGGGGGUCUGCCUUCAUGCCAGUUAACACUUCUUGGUGCUUGACUUGGUUUCUGCUGGGAGGUUAUUUCCCCUCUGAAGGAUCCUUUGGAACUCCUUGUCAGAUCAGUUCUGGGGUGGAGCUUGCAGCAACUUUUCUGACGCUCUGUCUGUGCAAGACUGACAAUAAAUAACUCUCUUGAGCGCUGUAGAGAGAUGGAAACUGCAACUGAGAAAUGAUUUUGGGCAGAGGAAGGCAGAAAAGCACAAGCAAACUGUUAUGGAAGUGCAAAUAUCCUCCUAAAGGAUUCGGCAGAUGUACCAGCUAUGGAGUCUGGCUGCAGUCCCAGCCAGGGAAAUUUCUCUUCAGAGGAAACCUGUUAACCAUUUGGAGGGAGUGCAUGGGAAUGAGCAGGAGGUGUUAAACCAGAGCUCUGCUGCAGGUUUAGUGCCCCAACAGGGAAGAUCUUUGCUGAUCUGCAGGACCAUCUGUCCUGGCAAUGGAUAAAUUCACAAAUGGGCAGCCAGGCCCAGCUCAGAGGAACAGGUUCAUGGGAUUGCUAGAAACAGAUGACAGCAUCCAGGAAGAUAAACCUGCCCUGAGUAAAAGGGAAGAAAGGCCAGGACAGGGAAGGAAAGGAGAGCCACAACCCUUGGAGACACCUUAUCAGAAGGAGAGCAGUGACUUCGCCCCUAAAGUCAAGAUUAAUCUGAACUAUCGUCCAGGACUCGUCAGCAACCAGAAGGACCCGAAUCGCUUUGACAGGGAGCGGCUGUUCAGCGCCGUGGUCAGGGGCAGCCCCGAGGCACUGGAUGGUUUGCUGGAGUACUUAAGGAGGAACUCCAAAUUCCUCACCAAUUCCGAGUACACAGAUGCAAAGACUGGGAAGACCUGCUUAAUGAAAGCCCUGCUGAACUUAAAAAAAGGGAAGAAUGACACAAUCCCAGUCUUGCUGGAAAUAGACCAAAAGACACAGAACCCCAGGCCACUUGUCAACGUGUCGUGCUCUGACUGUUUCUACAGAGGCCAGACCGCCCUGCACAUUGCCAUCGAGAAAAGGAGCCUGGAUUUGGUGAAACUGCUGGUGGAGAACGGAGCUGAUGUCCACGCCAGAGCCCACGGUGAAUUCUUCAGGAAGAAGAAGGAAGGAGUUUACUUUUAUUUUGGUGAGCUUCCCCUCUCCUUGGCUGCUUGUACCAACCAGCUCGAUGUGGUGGAUUAUCUUUUAAACAACCCCCACCAGAAAGCCAGGCUGCAGGAGCAGGACACCCAGGGCAACACCGUCCUCCACGCCCUGGUGAUGAUUGCAGACGACACCGAGGAGAACACCAAGUUUGUGAGCACAACCUACGUGGAGAUCCUGAAGGCGGGCGUGAAGCUCGACCCCACGUGCAAACUGGAGGAGAUUGUGAAUUACGAUGGGUUAAAUCCCCUGCAGCUCGCUGCCAAGACAGGCAAAGUGGAGAUCUUCAGGCACAUCAUCCAGAGGGAGAUCAAGGAGCCCCUGUACCGGCACCUGUCCCGCAAGUUCACCGAGUGGACCUACGGCCCCAUCCACGUGUCCCUCUAUGACCUGUCCUCCCUGGACAGCUUCGAGGAGAACUCUGUGCUGGAGAUCCUGGCCUACAGCAGUGACACCCCGAAUCGGUACAAGAUGGUGGUGUUGGAGCCACUGAACAAACUGCUCCAGGAAAAAUGGGAAACAUUUGCUUCCAAGAGAUUCUACUUCAGCUUUGCCUCCUACUUGUCAUUCAUGAUCAUCUUUACAGCCAUUGCAUACUAUCAGCCCCUAAGGGUAAAGCCUUCCUUUCCAGUGGAGUUCACAGCUGGAGGCUUCCUGUGGGUCUCUGGCCUGAUCAUUAUCUUGUUGGGAGGCAUUUACCUGAUCUUUGCUCAGAGCCUGUACCUGCGGAGGAGACGCCAGUCCCUGAAGACCAUGUGCUCUGACAGCUGCAUCGAGAUCCUGAUCUUCAUCCAGGCAUUCUCCUUGCUGCUCUCAGCAGUCCUGUAUGGGGCCAGCUCAGAGAACUAUGUGGCAGUGAUGGUGUUCUCCCUGCUCCUGGGCUGGGUGAACACCCUGUACUACACCCGCGGCUUCCAGCGCACUGGCAUCUACAGCGUCAUGAUCCAGAAGACCAUCAUGAGAGACCUGCUGCGUUUCCUCUUGGUUUAUAUGAUCUUCCUGUUUGGCUUUGCUGCAGCUCUGGUGACGCUGAUGGGCGAUGCCCCCUCAGUGUCUCAGAACAAGUCCCUGGCUCACCUGGAGAGCGCGGGGAGCCACGCCAUGUACGGGGGGCUGCUCAGCGUCUCCCUGGAGCUCUUCAAGAUCACCAUCGGCAUGGGAGACCUGGAUUUCCAGGAGCACACGAGGUUCAGAUACUUUGUCAUGCUGCUGCUGCUGCUGUUUGUGAUCCUCACCUACAUCCUGCUGCUGAACAUGCUGAUUGCCCUCAUGAGCGAGACUGUCACGGAUAUUUCUGGCUACAGUAAGAGUGUCUGGAAGCUGCAGAGGGCAAUUGCUAUUCUAGAAAUAGAGAAGGCCUGGCUGUGGCGCCAGGGUGGGAAGAGGAGAUCUGGCUGCUUCAUGUCAGUGGGGCUCAAUAAGAAAGAUGAGAGGUGGUGUUUCAGAGUAGAGGAAAUUAAAUGGACAGAUUGGGCAAAGGAUGUGGGAGUUCUGAAGGAAGAACCUGGAAGCACCAAUGAUUCAGAAAUAAAUCCAGAAGAGACCAGGUCCUGGAAACGGCCAGCACAGAAACCACCCCGAGCAGCUGCCCCGGAGGAGCAGUCCCUGCUGCAGCCACAGCCACCAGCCACAGAGAUGGUGCCUCUGCAGGGACAAAGCAGAGAGUUUUGACAGCUUUUCUGAGCUGCAACCUUGCCUCCAUCUUCAGAGGAGUUCUUCCUCCAGCAGCUGGAAGAACUGAAGGCAUUGUCAGUAGCAAAGUGCAUUUUG